UUGAUUUUAACUAACCUAUUGGUUGCUAUUGCUUUUAGUUUAUAGGGACUUUUACUAGUUACGCCACUGGCUGCACAGUAAUUAUUUCAUAUAAAAUUGCAAGUAAAGUAUGUUCCAUGAUUUAAUGAUAUUUAUUUUGUGUCAUUGCCAUGAGCCGUGUUGUUCUCGCAAAAACAUUAAUCCAAUUAAGCAUUUCCGACUUGCUAAUUUGGCGGAAUGAUGUUUUUCGUCAUUUCAACCUUACGUCUGACGCAUUGUGGGUUCACAUCAUGAAUUCAAACUUUUUUUACAACUUUUUAGAAAUGAAUACCUUACCAUUUAUAAUCUUCCUUCAAAAUUACCGCUGAAUGACGCUGUUAAUUAAUAUUUUAUGCUUGAGGAAUUUUUGUUGUGUUGUAAACUGAACACGUCAUGGCAAUAUUUAUAUUUUAACAUUUUUACAAUAUAAAUGUUAUUAUUCUAAUAUUAAUUUUUUUGGGAUUAAAAAUCAUCAGUACGGCCCUGUUACAUUAUAAAUUUGGCUCCGCUAUUAAUUAUGACACAAUAAUACGAUCAUUUUCUAAUCAAUCAAACUUUUGUUUUCUCAAUGCUACAUCAAACGACUACGUAAUCACAUAAACCAAGAGUAUAAAUACGCAUAAAUCGCCAAAAUAGUUCAUUUUAACCGGGUUUGUCUUUUUGUCAACAUAAACAUAACCAAACAUAAGCAAAUUUGUGUUGUUUUAAAAAAAUGUUCCACAAACUUCUAAGUUUACCUCUUGUGUUACACCUAACAAUAUUUCUAAUCUUCCUUGUGAGUGUUUGCGAGUGCAACGAAAAGCAGGAACCAAGUAUCAAGAACAUGACAGCCAUUGAUAAAGCAAAGCCGAAACCAAAGCACAAUGAUGAUCCGUUUAAGAAAGACCUACGAAAAUUUCUACGAGAAUGUGGAGCGGAUGUUUCUGUAGAAGAUGACGAUGACGAUGAUGGUCCGAAAAACAACGGCGAGCAUUCCGCUGAGGAAGUUGCAGUGCCAAAAGGCCAACGGCCAAAAGAUGGCGCACCAAACGCACAUUGGGCUUAUGAGAAGAAGCGAGGAGGUAAAGGUGGCACUUAUCCUUCACAAUACGGUAAAAAGAAGGGUGGUGGACGUAGAGGCGGUAGUGAGGAAGAUUCAGAAGAAGAUGAAGAUGAAGAUGAUUACAGAGGAUCUUCAAAUCGCCGAAAAGGUGGGAAUAACAGGAGAAAUAACCGCAAAGGCAACAAAAAAGGUCGUCCCUCUGAUGAUUACGAUGAUUCCAGAGGUGAUAACUGCGAUGAUGAUAGAAAAGGAGGUGGGUAUGGUUCAGGUGGAAGGAAAGGGUUCUCCAGUAGUCAAUGGGGCGGUGGAAUGGGUUACAAUCGAGGCGGUGGGUCAAGCGGUGGACGUUACAAUACGAAAAACUACGGAUACACUAGUGGGUAUUCCGGAAGUGACCCAUUUGGACAGAAAACUGAAUAUGGCGUCAUUUAUACCAGCAGUCCAGAUAUGUGGGGUUCCAGAACAGGGUACAGUACAUAUGGUGGGCGUUUAAUGGCCAUGAAUACUCUUAGAAGAGAAAAACGACAGAAAAACACUGAGCAGUGCAUGAGUCAAUGUGUUUUUGGAUAUUUAGAAAUGUUGGACGAUAAUCGUAUUCCGGCUGAAACUGAAGUGAUAAAAUACUUCCAGAAUAAAAUUCAGAAUAAUACCGAACGAAUGCGGUUGAUUAAACUCGCGAGGAAGUGUUUUGCUAAGUUAUCGACAACUGAAAUUGCUGAAAAUGAAGAUGGAUGUCAAUUUUCAAAGGAUUUAGCAAGAUGUCUACAGAUUGAAAUCAAAGGAGAAACUUACUAAACAUAUUUAAUCAUUUUACUGGAGAUUAACAUGUGCAAUUCAAAGUUAUCAUUAAUUUAUGAACACAUCAUUAAAUUUUAAGCUUAAAUACACAGAAAAUUAAAAUUAUUUGCCGAUCAAGUAUGGAUAAUGAUAAGGAUAAUGCAAGUAUGGUUUGUAUAAAUGUGAAUAUGGCGAAUAAAGUGAAUAAUACGGA